AUGAAUAGUCGCACCCCUUACGAAAAAAGAAAAGGCGAUAACAAAACAAAAACAAAAGGGAAAGGGGAGAUGAUGAACCACCAGCGGCCCGAAAUGGUGAACCCCGUCGGUACGAUGGUCUCCGGCGUGUUAAACAUCGCUCUGUUACUUGCCGCGUUUACAGCAGUUUAUAUUGUUGUCAAAUCGAAUCAUGGUGUUGAUCUGUUUAGUAUGGCCUGGAACGACUUCCUACGACCCAACUACGAUGACGACUUGUAA